CUCUGGACUACAAGCACAAGAAGUUAUAUAUGUGCAGGUCUGUUUGGAAAAAAAAAAAAAGAACCGAAAAUAAUAUGUUAUCUAAUGGAUAAUUUGGAUGGAGAACCAGAGGUUCUGCUUGAUCCUAAUGCACUCAGUGAAGACGGAACUGUAUCCUUGAACACAAUGUCUGUCAGCAAGGAUGCCAGGUACCUGGCAUAUGGGCUUAGUUCAAGUGGCAGUGAUUGGGUAACCAUCAAAGUAAUGCGCGUUGAGGAUAAGACAUCUGAGCCUGAUACUUCAUCAUGGGUCAAGUUUUCCUCUAUUAACUGGACUCAUGAUAACAAAGGCUUUUUCUAUAGUCGCUAUCCAGCUCCCAAAGAGGGAGAGAACAUAGAUGCUGGGACAGAAACCAAUACAAACCUUUAUCAUGAGCUUUACUAUCAUUUCUUGGGUACGGAUCAAUCAGAAGAUAUUUUAUGCUGGAGAGAUUCUGAAAAUCCUAAGUUCACGUUUGGAGGCUAUGUUACAGAUGACGGGAAGUACCUUCUCUUGUAUAUCUCGGAGAAUUGUGACCCAGUUAACAAAGUAUACUACUGCGACAUGUCUGCACUUCCUGAAGGUCUUGAAGGUUUUAGGGGAAAAGAUUUCCUGCUCCCAUUUGUUAAGCUGGUAGAUCAAUUUGAUGCACUGUAUACAGCAAUUGCAAAUGAUGACACAUUAUUUACUUUCCGGACUAAUAAAGGUGCUCCAAGAUAUAAAUUAGUCCGUGUUGAUCUAAAGGAACCAAGUAAUUGGAUUGAUGUUAUCCCAGAGUCUGACAAAGAUGUCCUUAAAUCAGCAAAUGCUGUUAAUGGUAAUAAGAUGAUUGUGAGUUAUCUAAGCGAUGUGAAGUACGUGCUUCAGAUAAGGGAUUUAGAAACAGGUUCAUUUCUGCAUCAGUUACCACUUGACUUUGGGACAGUUUCUCAGAUUACUGCUAGGCGUGAAGAUGAUAUUUUUUUUUUUUAUUUUUCAAGCUUCCUUACUCCUGGUAUUAUAUAUCAGUGCAACUUAGGAGCUGGGGUUCCAGAUAUGAAGAUAUUCCGUGAAAUUUCUGUACCUGGAUUUGAUCGCACAGAAUUUGAUGUCAAGCAGGUUUUUGUCCCCAGUAAGGAUGGUACCAAAAUCCCAAUGUUCAUUGUGGGCAAAAAGAAUGUUGAUUUGGAUGGAUCACACCCUUGUUUAUUAUAUGGAUAUGGUGGAUUUAACAUCAGUGUUACACCAUCAUUCAUUGUUUCUCGCAUUGUACUAGCUAGGCAUUUAGGUGCCUUUUUCUGUAUUGCAAACAUUCGUGGUGGGGGAGAGUAUGGAGAAGAAUGGCAUAAAGCAGGUUCACUUUCCAAGAAGCAAAAUAUUGAUGAAGCUGCGGAUCGAUAUAGUUUCAUGGCCAUGGUAUCAGACGCAUCUUGGAUCGAAUAGCUGUUAUGAUUUUCUGAUGGACUGAUCCAUGGUCACAAGCAGCUUGCUAGAAGUCGCACUUCCAGUUACGGAAGUCAUUUUCUUAUCUUUAUGUUAUUUAGGUUUUCCACUCUAGGGAGCCCAUCCCAAGAAUUUUCUGUUCACAAUUCACAUAAAUUCCCGAUGAACAGCAUUUUAGGUUUUCUUCGCAUUUUAAAUUAGACACACUUGAGAUCUUUUAAGCGCAUUGUCAAACAAAGAAAAUUAUUGUAGGGACUUCAAUUAUUCUCUAUGAAUUGGGGCUCCUGGACUGGGUUUAAAAUAGCCUAUGGUAUGUUUUCAAGUUCAAAUUCAGCUCUUAUGCUAGUUAAUAAACAAAUUUGUGCUUA